AUGUACGCUCCGCGUUUUCAUUCCGGUUUUUUAUGCAAAUGCAUUCUAAUGACCAGCUGUAUGCAGUUGUAGUAAGAGCAUGCGCAGUGCGGGAAAGGAACACGGCGAAGAUUCAAAGUUUUUGUUCGGAUUUUAACCAUAACACUGACCAAGAAAUAGACUAUGUUUGGCUUUCACAAGUCAAAGAUCUACAGGAGUAACGAAGGCUGUUGCAUCUGCAAGACCAAGUCCUCCAGUUCUCGAUUCACAGACAGCAGUCGAUAUGAGGAGACAUUCAGGCUGUGUUUUGGGCUCUCUGAGGAUCGUGUUGGAGACAUCUGCAACGCCUGCGUCUUGCUGGUGAAAAGGUGGAAGAAGCUGCCUCUUGGCUCCAAGAAAAAUUGGAACCAUGUGGUGGAUGCAAGAGCAGGUCCAGGCUUUAAGGUGACAAAACCCAAGAAGAUAAAAAAUGGAGAUGCGAAGAAGAAAAGCAAGCUAAAGAAGCUGCACAAGUUCAAGAGACAGAACUCUGAUGCCCACAGCACGACCUCCAGCGUGUCUCCUGCCCAGUCUCCCAGUUACAGCAACCAGUCAGAUGAUGGCUCAGACAUAGAGUCCAAGCAAAGACGUUCAGCUCCCUCCAUCUUCUCCUUCUUGGACCGUUCCUACUGGAAAAGACAAAAGGUGUGCUGUGGGAUUGUCUACAAGGGUCGGUUUGGAGAGGUGAUUAUUGAUCCCCGGCUUUUCAAGCCCUGCUGCAGUUCCAAAAAACAGAAGACACUGACAUCGCCCACGCAAGUGGCCACACACUUGCCGGACACACAACACCCAGAAGACAUGAAAGAAACCUGGUGAAUGCUGUUGUUGUUGAAUUUCCCUGUUGGGGUUAUCCAUGGCAUCCACCUGGAUUUGUCUCCAGUGGUAGACCUCUCAUUUCUGCUUCUCCUCUUUCCUAUAGGCAGUUAGGUAGAUCUUUGUCUUUUGUAAUAUUCCUUUUUAUAUGGGUAUUCUUUUAAAAAAAAUUGUAAAGAAUUGAUUUUUCUUUCUUUCCUUCCUUUUAAUUUUUUUUUUUAUAGAAAGCACAAAUGGGGAAAAAAAAACCUUACGGGCAUUAGUGUUAUUUAUAGGAUGAGGAGACAAAUUUUGCUAAGGCUCUGCUUUUGACUCUGGAUUAUAAUUUUUGUUUUUAUGACAUGAUCAUCCUUCUGUAAAUACUUUGUCACCUUUUUUUAUACAUAUCAGGAUUGUUUUGUUUUUCAGUAGUUGUUAAAUUGUAAGUGUGCAAAUGAAAGACACCAGCUUUUUCUAAUACCAGCUUUUUUGUGAGUGUUGGAGUGGCUCUUCAACAUUUUGCUAUGUUUUGUCUAUUAGUGCAAAUGAGUCUUUGAAUUUUUAUUUUAUUUUUUAAUACAAAAAUGGCUUUUUCCUAACACCAGGGAUCACUAGUAUAACUGUUCUUUAUCGAUUUAAUGAUCUUUUAAUAUGUGUAUAUAGAUGAGAACACGUAAUCUUUGGACAUGUAUACAGCUUUAGCAUGCCACAAGUUUGAAACACUCCAUUUUAAAUUUGUUCAGCAGUGUGUGCACAUUAACUGAUAGAUGUGGUUCGACCAUGCAUGCAGUACAUCCCUGUUUGUUGUGGGGUUUUUUUGUUUGUUUGUUUUUUGUAAAUACAAUAUUUUGGCUGUUGUAACAUCAAAACUUUUUUUUUUUUUUUUUAAACAAUAACAGGAAUAGAAAACCACUACAUCUGUUUAAAAAAAAAAAAAAAAAAAUGCUUUUGUGUGUCCCGACAUUGUUAAAACAUGUACUUUAACAACAAGAAGAAAAGAACAGGCUUUUUUACCACAUGUUCACAUCUCAUUUGAUCAGAUACAUUUCUCUAAACACAACAGUGAGCAGCAACAUUCCUCCUCCUGUGUCAUCUUUUGAAGUUGCUUUACAUUUUAGCCCCCAUUAUCACCAUCCAAAAAAAUUGCUUUUAAUGAAAUGUGUUUGUCAUGGCUGCGACUGUCAAAGUUCAAACUAUGCAGACGUUUUGAAUGUGAGAAGUGCUCUGGGGCCGUCUGUCGCUUUUGCUACGUCAGGUGUAAAGCGAUCGAUCCUUGCUCAACCAAAAUUGGCUUGUGGAAAGCAUCCAUUAUUUUAGCAAUAAUGUUGCAUUUUUUUCUAAUUGUCCUAAGUCAUUGUCUCACAAUCAUUUUUGUCUUUGUCAUGUCAAAAAUAAUGCUCAGAUUGCACAGUUUUUUGCCAUACUGUCUCAAAUUAAUACUGCAGUGACAACGGUUGCUUUUGUUUUAAACAUAAUUAUAAGUGGUCUCAAACUAAAAGAAUUGACAGGCAAUGCUCUGUAAAGUUGCUUAAUAUAUUCUCUUCUGCGGCAGGGUUGUUAAAUGCUGAACAUGUUUAUGAUUCUUAUUAAAAGGAGAAAUGCUGCUUCCUUUUAAGCUGGAAAAUAAGCUUUUUUUUUGUCCUUAGGGAGUUGCCAUAUUUUUUUAAGAGGUACAUUUUGGGAUAUCAGAUGUGCCUUAAAGAAUUAUUUGACCUUUCCGUUAUGG